AUGGAACUUUGGAUCAAAUUUUGGUGUGAACAGUGGGCUGAUCGACCAUCAGGACGCAACCCGGAGACGUUCGAGAUGUUGUCUCGAUUCUACGCCGAUUAUCAAACUUCCGCAUUGAAUUUUAACCAUUCGAAGCAAAUAUCAACGGAUCCGCUGGGUUAUACUCGAUUUCUCCUUACAUCAUUAACAAUUAUUCGUGCAAUGCAUAAAAAGUUAUGCCAAGACAAACGAUUCGAACGCUUACAACAUCAUCGUAUCGAAAUUCCAAAUCUCCUCGAACUUUUUCAAUACUUCAUCUUACCUACGCGUGAUGAUAUGACUUAUGCUCACGAUCUUUACGAUUAUUUUAGUAGAUUCACGGACAAGUCCAAUCCUGAUCUUUUGGAAAACAUCACCGAAGAAAAUAGUUUCGGUGUUCAUUUUGUUGCGAAUUCGAGCAAAAUUACGAAAUGUCUACGUAAUCUACAAACACAAGUUGAACAAGAUAGAAAUGCAAAGAUUCAAGAAGUACGCACGGCGAAAGACAAAUACAAUCGAUUGAUGAAUUCUAUCAGUUGUUUGUCGUGUACAUGCAGUAGUGCGUCUAAUGAGACCUUAUGUCGCCGAUGUCGCAUUGAGGAACAGGCGGAAGAUAUCAUCGUCGAAAUUUAUGAAUGCCCAAUUCCAUCGGAACAGGCUAGUGCAUUCGCGGUUCUGUUCGAAUUGCGAAUGCCGGUGGAAAUUCGAUAUUAUCGUGAUGUUCUUUGGCAAUUUAUCAAUCGUUCUCGAUACAAACCGGAUAAUCGCAUGUAUGAAUGGCUGCGAGUACGUCCUCAUUGCGAACGAUUAGAACCGUUGUUUACUGGUCCAAAGGAUUAUAAAGUAAAACUAGUCUCAUCAAAUAAUUCCCUAACACAAACUCAUACUGCUGACUUAUGCAUUGCUACAGCGCCGAUCGAAGAUUUUCUCUAUGAAAAUAGUUUACAAAUACAGUUAACACCAAGUCGAUCGCCAAAAUUUGAAGAUGAAUGUCGAAUGUUGACUCCGCAACUGGAACAGUCGGACUAUAAACAUCUACAAUACGCGAUUCAAUCAACUGAGUCCGUGCAGAAUCAAAUUCUUGCCGAUCUCUCACAAAUCCAAACGAAAUUCAAAUCUCAACAAUUCAUCGAGUACGGAUCAUUCCGUUCAGGUCAUCGCUUACAAUGGUGGAAUUUAUUAUCAAUCUUAGAAAUGGAUUCUUUACCACUGAAUGAAGAGAGCGUUGCAACCUUGAUUAUUCAUACGAUUUUACAAUACGGUCCGUUCUCUGACAGUGUGUCAUGGUGUGCAGAAUCGCAUCAAGUUCUAUUCGAUGACAACUUUGUUGAUGAAUUAAUUCUACGGUUGAAUCGUCAUUUAGAUGAUUGUGCGUUGAAUUGGCAAAAUGAAUUCGUGUUGAUUACAGUUACGAUGAUUACAAUGAGAGUUUUAACAUUAUGCAAUUCGAGUCGAGAGCAGAAAGUCGUGGAUUUGGUACUGAAAUGUCGCCGUUUAGGUGAACAAUGGAUCAAGUUAAUUUCAUCGGCUAUUCAAACAAUUUCCUCCACGGAUUUGACUGAAGUGGAGAAACUUCGUGGAAAUAUCGUGACAAUUGGUGUGGCAUGUUUAUUAACCUAUUCAGUUCAUUCCAAUCGAUUGCAUCGUAUAUUAUCGACGAAUGAUCAUAUGCUUUCGUUAUUGAAAGCAAUGACUAAUGUUCAUGAUAAUCUGGUCUCUAACAAGAAGCAAACGUCAAUGAGCGAGAUCAUGAAAUAUUUACUUCGAUUCACUGAUCGUAUACUAGUGCAGAUUCAACCGACAGUUGCUUUAUUUCUUCAGCAAUCAUCGUAUCAAAGUCUGGACGAUUUUGCCAUUAUUUAUUGGUCAGUCAUUCGACAUGAGGAAGCAAUCGAUGCUAAAUGGAAGAAACGCCAUUCGAACGAGUAUGACGGAUGGUACGACGGUCAAUAUGAAUCUACAAUCUUAUCCAUUGAUUGUCUUCGUGGAAGAUUUCUUGUUAACGGAAUGACUGUUGGUUAUUUACCUGAGAAAAUCAUUUCGAACGAAUUGUAUCUUCGUGUUUUCGAUCGUUAUAUCUUCCAAGUACAAAUCUCCGAUUCAUCGAAUACUUACAUAGCCAAGUAUAGUUAUCAUGACGAUGGACAAGUUCUAUAUGAAUUUUAUCAUGAUGAUCAAUACAAUCAGUUAAUUAUAUAUGAACGACAUUUGAAAACGAAUGAAGUGUUCGAAUUAAUACCUUCGGAUUGUUUAACAAUAGAUUUACCUGUUCGAUUCAUUUCGGAAUACAGCCAUUGGAAAAAUACGAAAACGAAUAUCAUCGAAUUUCGAGCCGUUCAUUUCAAAGAUCCGAAUUUUCUUACUUAUAAACCUUACACGCUAAAUAUUGAUACCGGUCUGUUAUCAACCACCGAUCUGACUACUCCACAAGUCUUAGUCAAUCAAACAUCACUACUCUUUCAAAACUUAUUCACACGCUAUUUCAAUCGUCUGGAUGACAAAGCAUACGUUUACAUGUUCAGCGAUUAUACCAAUAUUCACGUUCAUCUAUCACGUUUAGCAAUUGCAUUCACUUAUCAAACGAAUACUCGUUGUUUGGUAUCACGUGAAUACUCCGAUAUGUGCAUCGACGAAAAUCAAUGCUUGGGAACAUUGGCAGGUUUAAAAUCUGGCUUACUCCUGUCACCAAUGACGCAUACUCAUGAACACUUUAAACAUCGGAAAUUAAUCGUACCUUUCGGACGUGUCUAUGCGAUACGACGAACGUCAACAAUCGAUCAUCAGAAUGUUUUCAUACAACGAAAGGCAAACAUGUCGGAUGCUCAGCAGUAUUUCGUUUUUAUUCUCAAUGAUCGAUUGAGAAUUAUUCAAACGAACGAUAGUCCUUCAGGAUGGUUAUAUCUAUCAUUACUCCAUGCAAUGACAUCUCACCUUCUUCCCGAUCAGUAUACCGGCAUGACUGGCAUGGAACGUGCUUUUCAAUUGUUGAAUUCUGCAGGUUGCUGGACUGAUCAGCCGUACGAUGCACUCUCGCUGAAUAUUCUCCAUCAAAUCGCAAUGAUUUCUCCGAAAGCAGUCUACUAUCAACAUAUGCAAAAGAUCGAUUGGAAUGAUGAUACAUUGCCUUAUUCUUUACAGCAUUGUGGUUAUUAUUUAUUAGUCAAGAAACUAAUUGAAACGAGCGAAAGUUUGAAUUUUAUGCAUUUUUCAUUACAUAACGAAGAAAUCUUAACAUUAAAUGCUGAAAAUGAGUAUGAUGAACGAUUAUUGAUGAAAAUCUAUUGGGAUUAUCGUCAUUCAUACAAUCCCGUCGCUCGCUUAUCCGCAGAAAUUGAAAUUGAAAUCAUGGAAAUGGCAAAAUCCGAAGAACCAUAUCAAGCUCUUGUGGAGCGUGAUUCAACAGUUGGAAAUCAGAAACUAAUUCAACUCGUCAAUGACAUGUAUCAUUCUGGUGACGUGUAUUUGAAAGACGUGUCAGAACUGACUUGUUUUCCGUUGAAUCAAUGGUUAACUGAUGAUUAUUCCUUGAAUACUGUUUGGAUCGGUCUAUUGAAACUGGCCGAAUCGAUUAAAACAGCAAAUGUCUCUGACGAUAUCGAGCGGUUUACAAUACUUCUCAAGUUUCUCUAUUACAUAUCCAGUAAACGUGGAAUUCGAAAGAUUUAUUUAGAAAUCUUGUAUACUGUCUUGCAUGAUCCGACAUUAUCAUUGGAUUCCAUCACAUUUCCAACGUUUACUCAAUACACAAACAUUCAACAUAUGACUGUGGUCAUGAAUUCGAUUGAUUUCCAUUCUCAACACUCUGCUGGUCAACGUCGGACGAUUCUUGAAGAAGUCAAAGAUUGCUUUGAGAAAGGGUACACGUACAAAGACCNCAUGAACACUUUAAACAUCGGAAAUUAA